AUGGAGAAUAAGUUUAUUCCACAGGCGAUAGAGAUCGUGAAAGAGGCCAUCAACGAAGACAACAGCAAGAACUAUGAGGAGGCGUUCCGGCUGUACAAGAAGGCGCUGGAGCACUUUAUGGUCGGCGUCAAAUAUGAGAAGAAUCCGACGUCAAAGGACGUUAUCAUGAAGCGCGUAGAGGGCUAUAUGACACGGGCAGAGCAACUGCGAGGGAUGCUGGAGAAAGAGAACGCGCCUAAGGCAGUGGCGGCUGCAGUGGGUGUCGACAAAGGAGAAAAGGAGGACGACGAUGAGACCGACGCAGAGACCGCAAAACUGCGCGGUGCACUGAACUCGGCUGUUGUAACGGAGAAGCCAAAUGUAAAGUGGGAUGAUGUUGCGGGACUAGGUGCUGCAAAAGAGGCGCUGAAAGAGGCGGUGAUUCUACCGGCACGCUUCCCGCAGCUUUUUACGGGAAAGCGCCGUCCGUGGAAAGGUAUUUUGCUGUAUGGGCCUCCAGGCACAGGUAAGUCUUACCUUGCGCAAGCCGUCGCGACUGAAGCAGACGCCACGUUCUUUGCCGUCUCAUCAUCAAGCUUGGUAUCCAAGUGGCAAGGCGAGAGCGAGAAGUUGGUCAAGAAUCUCUUCGAGAUGGCGCGCGAAAGGAAGCCUGCUAUCAUUUUCAUCGACGAGAUUGACUCGCUAUGCUCGAGUCGAUCUGAGGGCGAAAGCGACUCAACGCGCCGCAUUAAGAACGAAUUUCUUGUUCAGAUGCAAGGCAUAGGCAACAACCAUGAUGGCGUUCUGGUGCUCGGAGCUACGAACGUACCAUGGGAACUUGACCCAGCCAUGCGACGACGAUUCGAAAAGCGCAUUUACAUCCCGCUUCCUGAAACUCCUGCACGGAAAGUGAUGCUGGCGAUCCAUUUGGGUGAUACGCCGAACGAACUGAGUGAUGCUAACUUCACGUCGAUUGCAGAGAAAACGGAAGGCUGCUCAGGCUCAGAUAUCUCGGUGAUUGUGCGAGAUGCCUUGAUGGAGCCUCUUCGAAAGUGCCAACAAGCGCAGUUCUUUGCUCCGUGCGAUGACAAGGCGCAUCCUACUCGAAACGGUUCAUUUUUGACACCUUGUGAAGACGACCCGCCUUGUGCUUAUUGCCACAUGAAGCUCUCUUCAUGUCGUCUGACAUGCUCGGACUGCAAGUCUCCGUGUCGACGUUGCGGAGCGCUGCGCAUGCAGCUAUACGAUUUGGCAGGGCGAGGUUUCUCCGACGAAAAGCUGCGGCCGCCUAUGGUCUCCAUGGGCGACUUCAUGAGGGUGUUGGAGCACUCGACUGCAACGGUUGCUUCCAACGAGCUCAGUCGCUUUGUGAAGUGGACUCAAGAGUUUGGACAAGAUGGCUAG